CUGCAUCCACCGUUAACCCGGUUUCUCGUGCCCGAAAAUGAUAAAUGAUGAGUCGGUGCUUUCAUAGCAGAAGGCCAGCGUGUCGUGCGCGUUACUCGUGCUGUCAGCGGCUUUCUUUGAAUAGUGUCAUUUCCAGACAAAUAAAACCGACGCGAGUGCCUUAAUCUCUAGUAUUACUUUUAAAUCGCACGUACCGUUAGCAAGCUAGCUCAGCUAACUCGGGCUCACGUCGCACACGUGUCCAAACGUCGCUGCUGUGUGGCGAUCGUGUGCGGGUCGUUGUGACGUAACAACCCGACCGGUUUAGGACGUUGGCAGCUAACCAAGCAGUCAUUGUGUCUCUGGUAUGCCAACAGCGGCAACACAACGAGGGGCUUGUGUCUGUUAUUUACAUUAAAAUAGUCUAAAUGUCCCGUGACUUUACUCGGGGCGUGUGAUUCAAUCCGCAGGCGGGUUUCACUUAUUUCAAACUAGGCGCAAUAUUUCUCAUUUUAAAUUUGCUUUGAUUUCUUCAAAAUAUUGUAUGAUCAAACAAUACAAAUACUCUAGUUUAGGGUCAUGAAACUUGUGAGAGGUUAACAAUGACCCUGGACCCGGCUGCUGGAUAGCACGCUGUCAGAAAAAUGGAGCAAAGGUCAUCGUCCCGUCUAUUAAGAAGUGAAAACAAAAACAAAAACAAAUCCUCACAUGGUGAUUUGACCGUGCAGGAAAAGUUUCCCUCCGCCUCACAGAGUGGCCCCGCUCGCACCAUGGCCAUGACCUCGGAUGACGCCGCGGGAAGCCGGGAGCGAUCAGAGGGCGAGAAGGAGACGGAUCGGGAGGAGGACGGCGGAGGACACGGCGACGCAGACGUGGAGAUGGUCGCGUCCCAGGGUCCGUCUCCCCCCGACGGUCCCUCGGGGGAGGCCGAGGAGCCCACUAAGUGGAAGGGGGCCGUGAUUUUCUUGUGUUUCUACGGGUUUAUGGCGUCGAUAAAGCCCGGUGAGCCCUUCAUCACACCCUAUCUACUCAGCCCCGAGAAGAACUUAACCAGGGAACAGGUGACCAACGAGAUCACGCCUGUGCUGACCUACUCCUACAUGGUGGUGCUGGUGCCGGCCUUCCUGCUGACGGACCUGCUGCGCUACAAGCCGGUCCUCGUCAUCCAGGGCGUGAGCCAGGUGGUGAUCUGGCUCAUUCUGCUGCUGUGCACGGGCCUCCUGGAGAUGCAGUUCAUGGAGUUCUUCUACGGCAUCACCAUGGCCUGCCGCGUGGCCUACUCCUCCUACAUCUUCUCCCUGGUCAGCCCGGCCCUGUACCAGCGCGUGGCCGGGUACUCGCGCUCCGCCGUCCUCCUGGGGGUGUUCACCAGCUCGGUGCUGGGCCAGCUUCUCAUCAGCUUUGGGGAGGUCAGCUUCUACACCCUCAGCGCCGUGUCGCUGGGCUUCGUCAGCUUCGGGCUCACGCUCUCCGCGUGCCUGCCCUGGCCCAAGCGCUCGCUGUUCUUCAACCGGGCGCGGCUCCGGGAGCAGAAGGAGGCGGCCGCACUGGCCGCCCGAUCGGAGCUGGACAGGAUGAACCCGAAGGAGGGCGCCGCGUCCCCGGCGGCGGGCCCCUCCCCGUGCUGGAGGGACUCUGUUUUUGUGCAGAUGCUGCUGGAGGUGAGAAAUGUGGCGAGGAGGCCCAACCUGAGGCUCUGGUCCCUGUGGUGGGUGUUCAACUCCACCGGGUACUACCUGGUGCUGUUCUACGUUCACAUCCUGUGGAACAAAGUCUAUCCGGCCACUGAGAACAAGAACGUUUACAACGGGGGAGUGGAGGCAGCUUCUACCCUGCUGAGCGCGCUGACUUCCUUCGCCGCCGGCUACGUGAAGAUCCGCUGGGACGUGUGGUCCGAGCUGGUCAUCGCCGCCAUCACGGCGCUGCAGGCGGGUCUGCUGCUGCUCAUGGGCACCACGGACAACAUCUGGGUGUGCUACAUGGCCUACGUGCUCUUCAGAGGCUUCUACCAGUUUCUGGUGCCGAUUGCCACUUUCCAGAUCGCCUCGUCGCUGACCAAGGAGCUGUGCGCCUUGGUGUUCGGAAUCAACACUUUUCUGGGGACCAUCCUGAAGAGCAUCAUCAACCUGAUCUUCUCUGACCGGAGGGGCCUGGGCUUGGACGUGCACGCUCAGUUCCUAGUGUACUUCAUCUACUACACCAUCCUCACCGUCGUCUACUUCGUCUGUGCUGCCGUGGUCAUCGUCCGUCACUAUAGAAACCAGCGGCGAGGAGGCGGCGGGGACGACCUGCCGGUGGCCUCCACCGAGCUCCGCCCCGUUGCCGCCGAGGCCGAGCCCCUUUCCAACGGCAGCGGGGCCAAAGCGCAGUGACGAGCCCAUAAACUGCUCCUCGCCGACCACACACACACACACACACACACACACACACACACACACACACACACCAGCUGCUCAGCCUUGAACCACAGAACCACAACCAUAGAAGUGCCUCUUCUGCUGCACUGCGCCGGUUAUGCCCCUCCCCCCCCCGUAGAGACGGCUGUCAGUCUGUGGGAUCCGGAUGUGACCAUGGGUGUAAUGGCGGAGCAGAGCACCUGUUUGUAUUCCUUUAGCGUACUAAUUUGUGAUGUGUUUCACACCUGUUGUGACCUCACAGGGCUAGGACUGUUGUUCAGUACACGGUUUACUUUCUGUAUCGAUAAAUCAGUUAUGAUUUUCAUAAUCAGAGUAUGACAUUUCGGUAUCGAUAAUCGAAU